UAGUUGUAACUAGUACAAGCACGCGAUGCAUCUAUUAUAAAUGAACGUAGCGAAGUUGGCGGCCGACAGAGCAGUGGCGACUAGCGGCAGCGGCGAAAGCGUGCAUCCGUAUAUUAUUUAACCGAGUGUUGGGGGGGCAGUUGCUCACUGGCCGAGUAGUACUGGUGUCCGUGCCGUGGACGGUAGGUCAUGCGGUCAUCAUGGGAUGUGGACAUUCCGAUAGCAAGUCGUCCGAGUCAAGGGACAAUAGUUCGGUGGCGUCUUCGCCGGAUAGGGACGCCGGCGGCGGGUACGUCGGACGUCGCCAAGCAUGGACCAACAAAGGAGGAUUCCCGGUGCACCGCAUCACCAAAGUCAUGCAGGUCGAACAAGUUGACGUUUGUGAAGAACAAAGCACUAAUAUUUUGACCAGCGCUAUACAAGACGAUUACAACUCUAAAGGUUUCCCAGAAGUACUGUCAAUACAUGGAAGUUGGAUUUAUGGCCUUAAUGCUGGAGGUUCGAGAAAUAAUUUAGACAUGUUUGAGACUAACCCUCAAUAUUUGCUCAAAUUUUCUACAGGAUUAGUUGAAGAGAAUUUAUUCAUAACAAUUAAAAUAGUAUUGAAAGUUAAACGGCUCAACAAAAAAUCGCCGUUAUAUGUUGCUUUUUUUUUGUACAAAAACGACUGCCACCAAAAAGAGACAUUGGGCGCCGAAUAUUUCUUGUGUACCGAACCGGAAGGAAGUUCAGGAUCAUUCAAAGCAAAGCAAGUUAUUUCAGAGACGUUUGUGGUUUCGACUUUGGCAAGCUACGUUAUAGUUCCGGCGACAUUUAGGCCAUUCCAACAAGGCGAGUUCGUGAUCAAAGUAAUGGUUGACAGAAAACUAGGAGCAGAGCUUAAGAAAUUAAUACCAUCCGAAAGGCCGUCAGUUGGUAACAUUAAUUUCUAGUACUUAAGUUCUAUAUGUCUUAGGUACCUACUGCCUACAUCAAUUAUUUUUUUUUACUUGCAACAUGUAAAGUUGUUAAUA